AUGCAGUUGAAUCCCAAGAAGUGCAUCUUAGGAGUUAGGUCGGGCAAGUUCCUUGGGUACAUGAUAUCCAAAGACGGAGUAAGAGUUAACCCCGACAAGGUGAAGGCCAUCAUGUAUAUGGCUCCCUCCCGAAACAUAAAGGAGGUCCAACGAUUAGCUGGUAGGAUGGCGGCUCUGAACAAGUUCCUGUCAAAAUCUACAGUCAAGGGUUCUCUUUUCUUCAAAACUCUGAGAAGAGGUCCCCAGUUCGAAUGGACCUCUAAGUGCCAGAAAGCAUUCGACGAGUUGAAGGCCUAUAUUGCUCAGUUGCCAGCCUUGACCUCCCCCGCACAGGGAGAGACCUUAUUUAUAUAUCUAGCAGUGGGAGAAGAGGCAAUCAGUACAGUGCUAGUCUGGGAGGAGGACAAAAUCCAGAAGCCUGUGUACUAUGUUAGCCGAGCUCUACAAGGAGCGGAGUCCAGAUACACUCCAGUUGAACGGUAUGUUCUAACGUUAGUUCACUCGGUCCGAAAGCUCAGGUCGUACUUUCAGACUCAUCCCGUAAUAGUGGUGACCGACCAGCCCCUGAAACAAAUCCUCUCCAAGCCAGACGUGUCGGGAAGGAUGGUGAAGUGGGCUGUGGAGUUAUCUAAAUAUGAUCUCGACUAUCAGCCCCGUACGGCCAUCAAGACCCAAGCAUUGGUUGAUUUUAUAGCAGAGAGUGUCUUUUUCGGAUUGCAGGAAGCCCAGGCCGAGCUAACCAGAGACACAGUCAAGGCCGAGCAGGUCGGAGAAGCUACCGAGGUCACUCAGGUCACAAAAGCAGCCCAGACCGAGCAGACCAGAGACACAACUAAGGCCGAACAGGCCGAAGAAGUUGCCAAGGUCACACAGGCCACAAAAGCAGGUGAAUCCGAGCAGAUCAGGGACGCGGCUAAGGGCGAGCAGGCUGGAGAAGCUACCGAGGAUACACAGGCUAUAAGGGCAGCUGAAGCCAAGCAGACCAGGGGAGCAGCCGAGACCAGACAGGCCGGAGAAUCUGCUGAGGUCGGACAAGCUGGAGAGGUUGCAAGGCGGGUCAUUCUGACCUGGACACUGUUUGUGGAUGGUGCAUCAAGCAAAGAAGGAUGCGGAGUUGGGCUCCUCCUGACCAGCCCAAUGGGGGAGGAGCUGGCCUACGCCCUAAAAUUUGAUUUCAGGGCCUCCAAUAACGAGUCCGAAUAUAAAAUCCUGAUCGCAGGGAUGGUGAUAGCUCGGAAAUUGGGAGCUGAGUCGAUAAAGAUUUUCAGCGACUUGCAGCUAAUAGUGAACAAAGUGUUGGGAAACUACAAAGUCAAAGAAGAACCAUUGAAGAAGUAUGUUGCCAAGGUGCAUGAACUAAGAACCCAGUUCAAACGAUUAGCACUCGGACAGGUCGUCAGAGGUCGGGCAUAUGAUCAGUUGGAUGAGGCAGUUAUUCAAGUAAUGGGCUCAUGGAUGGAUCCCAUUGUGCGGCAUCUAGUCAGUGGAGAGCUCCCGUCAAAUAAGGUAGAGGCAUGCAGGAUUCUCAUCAGGUCGCGGGAAUAUGUACUCACGAAUGGAGUGCUCUAUAGGAAAUCUUACUUGCGUCCAUGA